UUUAUUCACAAUAAACCGCGGUCAGUUGUCGACACAGCUUGUUUUGGUAAAGAAGAUGUUGGGUAGACUCAGUACCAGACUGCGCAGGCGCAGCUCUGCUUUUGCUGGAACCUAUAAUUACGUUAUUUUUGUUCAGACUGGGGACCGGCCCAAAGCAGGCACUGAUGCAAACGUAUAUAUAGUUCUAUAUGGAGAAGGGGACAAGAAAUCACCGGAAACAAAACUUGAUGUUUUAUUUCAUGACGAUUUCGAAAGAGGUCAAUUGGAUAAAUUCAAGCUAAAGUUUCAACCGUUUUCUGAGCUGCAGUAUAUAGAGAUAUGGCGAGACACAUGCGGCUUUAAGCACGAAUGGCACAUUGACACAAUCAUGAUCGUAAAUAAGGAGACAAAAACCAAGACUGUGUUUCCAAUAUUUCGCUGGAUACGACCAAAUUAUCGCUACAAAUUCUUUCCUCUGGAUACCAGUCUCCCUCAGGAUGACACAUGUACAGACCAACGCCAAAGGGAAUUAAUAGAAAAGAGAGAAUUAUAUCAACUAGAGCAAAAGGCGCCCGGACUACCCCCUCAAGUUAAAAUCCUGCCCCCAGACGAACAGUUUUCAUUUGAAAACACUUGGGACAUUACCAAGUUGAAGACUAAAUUGAUCUUGACCAGUAAGAUUGUUCAGUUGACCACUGGACGCUGGAAAACCUUAGACGAUAUAAAGAAUGUGUACACCAAGAAAGUGUUUGUGAAACCGUUAAAUUUAAACAGAUGGCGUGACGAUGUUGAAUUUGGUCGUCAGAGGAUUGCUGGAGUAAACAACGUAUUCAUCCGCCUGUGUCAGAAUAUUCCCGCCAAAUUUAUGGUCACAGACGAAAUGCUUGAACCAUUUCUAGAGGGACUUUCGUUAACACUCGCACUGAGCGACAGGCGAAUUUUCAUAGUAGAUUAUGAAAUCCUCGAAAACUGUCCAAGAAGACCCGAUAUUCAAAUAUGUGAACCAAUGGCACUCUUCUUUUUACAAAAUGACGGUUCACUAGUUCCUAUAGCCAUUCAGCUUCGUCAAGUUCCGUCAGACGACAAUCCAGUGUUUCUGCCUACAGACCCACCAUACACUUGGAUUAUGGCCAAAAUGUGGUUCAACAACGCAGAUGCGUGCGUUCAUCAAGCGAUUACACAUUUAGGUUUCACUCAUUUGGUAAUGGAAGGUAUAAUCACCGUUACACACAGACAACUUUCACAGUCACAUCCGGUUUUUAAACUUUUGGCGCCACAUUUUCUUUACCUCAUUAACAUAAACGCCAGAGCGUUAGAAAAGAUUAUGGGUCCUUCUGGAUGGAUAGAAGAAAUAAUGGCAAUAGGAGUGGCCGGCUUUCACGAGUUGAUACGACGAUACAAAGCAAAGUGGAAUCUUGACACUGAUGGAACACUUCCGAUGGAUCUUGCGCAACGCGGAGUAGAUGACCCGGAAAUACUGAGACAAUACCACUUCCGGUCGGAUGCUGUAAUGCUUUACGAAGCUCUAAGAACGUACGUUUCUAAAUAUCUAAGGAUCUAUUACGACACUGAUGAUAAAAUUUUAGCCGAUGAAGAAAUUCAAAAGUGGCGGGAAGAAAUGGUGGAGUCCGAGGCGAAUGGUGGGUUAGGCAUUUUAGGUAUUCCAGGAAAUUCUGGAAAAUUCAUCAGCAAACCACAACUGAUCACUGUGUGCACUUGUCUAAUCUACACAUGUAGCGUAGGCCAUGCUGCAACAAACUUUAAACAAUACGACGAGUAUGCGUUUCCUCCAAAUUAUCCGACGAAAUUAAGCGGUUGCCCACCAAGGAGUAAAGAUCCACUGACUGAAGAUGAUGUUCUUGCAGCUCUCCCGGACAAGCAGACGACUCUUAAUACAAUGAUUAUCACGAAGAUUUUAAGCCAGAAAACGGGCAGAUCUCUGGGAGAUUUUGAAGUGAAUUACGUGUAUGAUCCUGCAGCGGUACAAGUUGUAAAGGAGUUUAGAGAAGAUCUGAAGAGAAUAAGUUCUACAAUAAAGACCUUAAACAAGUCAAGGAACCCACCAUAUCCUUAUCUAGACCCGGCUAAUGUGCCUAAUGCUGUAAGCGUUUAGGGAAAGUAUGGCGUAAAACAAUUAGCCCCGCCUUAUUCUACUUGUUGCUAGGUCAACUGCUCAAGAACAUGACCAUGCGUUCUUUUGUGUAAUUCACGUCAACCAUCUGUGCAC